GAGGAGGGGAACGGGAGGGACAAGUGCGAGUUGAAACGUGAGGGUCAGGGCCUGGGUGAGAGAUAAGGGAUCCAGCAGGCGCAUGCCAACAAGGGCUCGCGCAUGCGAAGACCAAACUCGGGGGCAGUGCUGGCGGCGGUCCAAGCGCACUAGAACCAAAGAACAGCCUGCCUCAGACUGCCGUUCUGGAACUCUCGCGGGUUGUCCUCGCAGUGGUUGAACGCACGGUCCUCACGGACCCCAUCGUGGAGGGCCUUUCCCUGGCUGAACAGCUUACAGCUUACAAUGGUUUUGAGUAUGCACAGACGCCAAGUUUCAGCAGCUGCGAUUGACAGCGCGCGCUUACUGGGUGGAGCGGCUUACGCCAUGGACGGCCAGACGCCAGCCAAGCAGGGCGUCGAAGGGAAACACCCAGCUCACGCGCAUAGAGCAAAUAUUGUCGUGAACCUCGGCGGAGCAAGUAUCGUCGUGCAGCUCCCUUACGUGGAAAGUGCGACAAAGCAGACCUUUAUUCGGAUUCCAAUUCACCGUGGAGGUUCGUUGCGUCGAGGGCGCGGCGUCUGCAACCGCAAUGUCCACAGCCAAGGAUGAGUAGCUGGUGAUGGGGUCUCGAUGGUCGUGCUGCAUUAUGUUUGCCUUGCCUCCCAACAUCUGGACUCGCAUGCCGUCCGCGAGAGCGCAAAACAACCGCGGCCGCACUCGCAUCGGGUCUUCCAGCACCACCGGAUGAUCCAUGACCUGCUCGGCGAUGACUGGGCCCGACACAAGGCGCCAGCGCACAGCACAUCGUCGACUUCCUCUGGGGUGAAGCUUCCGCCAGAUUCUCGCCCCACGUCAGGACCACCGCGCUCCUGGAUAAAGAGCAGGGCGAGCGCCAGGACAAUCUCCUCGUUGGAAGCGGGCAGCCCGUCGCACUCCAGCUGUUGUCGGAACAGUGCUGGCAAGAGGCCACGCAGGACGGGCGUGAGGAGGCGGACGACUUCACCUUGCAAAUACAAGGCGAGUCUUGCGGCAGCGACUGCAGCGACCCUGGACAUCAAAUACUCCUUGCAGCGACCUUCCAAGUGCUCCACCGCGAACCGCUGGGAUGCCACCCGCGUCUCGGACACGUUGCCCUCCGUGACCUCGAACAGCUCGCACGCGGACAGCUGUUCGCACAGCGCUUCGGUCUGCCACCGCUUCGCCAGCCCCUGCUGCGACAGGGCCUCGCGUUGACCUGCGGAAACGAUCGAGUAGAAGAUCGACAACAGAACUGACUUGCCCCAAUAUUGACUUGUGUCGCCAGGGCCAUGCAAUAAAACAUGCGUAGACUGCUCGUAGAUCUACGUACACCCUCUGCGAGCACUCGUCGCAUCUCCGGCAGACUCAACGAGAGACUCAGUUCUGGGGCACAUCGACUCUCUGGCCGAUCCCCGGCUCGAAACGAGCGCGCGCGGCCUCGAUCGCCCGGCCCUGGCAGGGCUCAUUCCGGAGCCUCGGUCCCUCGCGCAGCGCGCGGCGCCGCAGGGCGUGCGGAGUCCGCCGCGCUGCCCCCCCCAGCGAAGCGCAGUGCGCCGCGGAGGGGCGGAGCCCGCCCGCGCGCAGGCGAGCGGUGCGCCCUCCCCGGGCCUCGCACGAGCCCCCCCAGGCCGCACCUCGGCCUCGCGGCCGCACGUCCAGGCCGAGAGAGACGGCCUUCGGCUGCCACGGCGCCACGUCGGGCAGCUGGGCCUCGCGUGCGGCCUGCUCCCGCGUGCCGGUGCUAUGGGCAGCAUCUUGAGGAGGAACGGGCUGCGCAGGCCCAGCACCAGCCGAUCCCAGACAUGGUCGCGUCGUAAGCUGAGAAGCACGGCGGAAGAUGUAAAACGUUGGGCCGCUUUCGGCCUCCGGGGGCCCUCGCCCAGCCCGGGACCGUCAAAGAACGGCUCGGCAUGAAAGACUGGCCCCAGCAAAGGGGCCGGGACUUCUGCAGGCCCCGUACUGAAAAAUCGGGACAUCGCACGCCUGGGGUUGUCCCCUUGUCUCGGCCCUCUCGGCAUCGACCGAGCGGGGCAAGUAAGAAGGAGAAGGCCUUCCCAGAAGGCGGCGGGGCUUCUCAAAAGCCC